AAUGUUUAACGCUAUUCAACGAGUGCAAACUCCGUAAAAAAAAAAAAAAAAAAGGUUUCCUUGGCUAAGAAAACAAAACAAAUCUAUUGCGAUCACGUUAAGCUGUGAUCAACACGUCUGUUUACAACGGAACGAAUACGGUCUCGUAGCUCCUGCAAUGUGGUCUCUUUUAUAACUCAACAUUAAUUGACCAUGCUACCUCCUGUCGAUCAAAACCCCAGGUUUCCUCUAUCCGCUAUCGGGUGUUCAGAUGUCAAAAUACAAAGUCAUCCUGCUCAGACAUGGCGAGGGGGAGUGGAACAAAGAGAACCGCUUCUGCAGCUGGGUGGACCAGAAGCUCAGCACGGAUGGAGUGAAGGAGGCCCAGGCGUGUGGCCGCCUACUCAGGGAGCAGGGCUACACCUUUGACGUGGUAUUCACCUCCCUGCUCAGUCGAUCCGUCCACACGGCCUGGCUUGUGCUUGAGGCCAUGCGCCAGGAGUGGGUCCCCGUGGUGAAGUCGUGGAGGCUGAACGAGCGCCACUACGGCGCCCUCAUCGGGCUCAACCGUGCAGAGAUGGCCCUCAACCACGGGGAGCAGCAGGUGAAAGUGUGGAGGAGGAGCUAUAACGUCACACCGCCACCCAUCGAUCAAUCCCACCCGUACUACCAGGAGAUCUACAACGACCGCCGGUACAGCAACUGCGACGUGAGCAAGGAUGAGCUGCCCAGGGCGGAGAGCCUGAAGCAGGUACUGGACCGGCUGCUGCCCUACUGGGACGGGACGGUGGGGCCGGAGAUCCGGAGUGGACGCAGUGUGCUCAUCUCUGCUCAUGGGAACAGCUGCAGAGCUCUGCUGAAGCACCUGGAAGGCAUAUCGGACAGCGACAUCGUCAACGUGACGCUGCCCACGGGCACGCCUGUUCUGCUGGAGCUGGACGAGAGCCUGCGGGCGGUGAAGCCCCGGCAGCUGCUGGGAGACCAGGUCAAGAUCCAGGCGGCCAUCAAGAUGGUCGAGGACCAGGGGAAGGUCAAGCCCGCCACCUGAACACAAUCACAGGCACUACGCCGCAUUGCCAUGUUUUUCCUUCUAGGGAUUCAUUCAUUCGUUGGAAAACGAAUGAAACGUGAAAGAAAUAGCAGCGAUGUUGGGCUGUUUUAGGAGGAAUCUAAGGAAUCAGGAUGUAUCGUGAGGAUCCUGAUCUUUCAGGAGAGUGUCGUGUUGGGGUAGGCUAGGGUGGUGGCGAGGGGGUUUGACUCCCAAAGGAGAGCAUAACGAGUCCUUCCCCUUCCUGUAGGCAUCGCUCGGCAUAACCUCCAGCUGUAAGUCGCUCUGGAUAGAAGUAUCUGCUUUCUUGACUAAAUCUUAAGUAGUAAGGGUCAAAUGGAUUGGUUGUGGAUUUAUUUAGUAGUCUCUCAGACCUCCGAUCAAAGGACCAAUGGAGCCACGAGGAUGGUACUGUAGCUGUCUUGUCACUGUGAAGACAAAAUGGGUUUGGCUUGAGUAGAAGCUUCUGUAGCGGAUCUUACUGAAGACACCAUAGACUAAGCUAAAACAAAACAGCACUUACGUAACACAUGGGACAAGUGUAGGUGACGCAUUUAUCAUUCAUUGGGUUUUCUGUUAUGCAAAGAUAUUUAAAAGCUUUUAACACGGAUGCACUUUGUGAUGAUGCCUAAAACAAUGUACUAGGAUGGAUUGGCUUAGAAGAAUAUAGCUUUUUAAAAAGUUUACCAAUCAGAGUAUAGAUAAUUUGAUCAUUUGUUUAGGAAUACAAUCAAUUGACUAACUGUGCACUGCCAAAAAAGGAUUGAUGUUUGUCUGAAUGAGUGGAGCAUUUCCUUCUUUGCUUCCAAUCUAACUAUGAUUGACCAUGAAUUAGCUUUUUUUAUGUGCUUUUUAAUUGGAGUAGCCAGAAAGCCUUUAUGCUUCUAAAUAUAGUGCCUACAUGUGACUUAUCAACUCGGCUUAGCCCUGUCAGAUUGGUUCAUUCCAAUAUAUUAUAUAUUAUAUAUUUCUAUUUCUUAGGAGCCAAACAGACAUUUAAAAAGUAUUGACCCCCUUCCAAACUGUAUUUCUAGUUCUCAUUGAGAUUAUAACCAUGUACGGUAGGCUGUUACAGGCAGAAAUUGUGUUAUUUAUUGUUACUGAGGGAUUUAUUUUGGGUUUUGCAAUUUGUGUGGAUACUACUGGGGAAUCUUGUGUCAUGCAAGAGAUACUGAAAUAUAUUUUAUUUUGAAUACAUAAAACGAUAUAUAAUGUGUAUAUAAAGUAAGCUACUCUUGUUUUAGACUUUGGUUAUGGUAAUGGUUAUGGUUGGUUUAACACAAUGUUAAAUAACAAUCAAUAUCCUCUUUGGUAUUUUGUACUAAAUUCUGUGAUUUUACAUCCUUUAUUUGUAAUUUUGUUUUAUUGCUGAUUGAAUAGAAAUGUAUAGAAAACAAAGUGUUUUUUUUGCGUGUGUCUGUUAUUUGCCAACAAGUACUGUAAGCCACGGUGUUUUAGUCAGAACUAUGGUCAGUAUUCACAUCACAACACAUCAAUUACUGUAGGAUCCUCACUGUUCUCACCAAAUGUAAUGUUAUUGAAGCACGAGGAAUGUUUAAUUCAAUAAAAAAAAGUACAAUGUU